AUGUUUCGUCUCGCUCUCUCUCCGUCGAGGACACACACUUGGGCGCCAGCGUUCUCAAGGUCCCUGGUGUCCUCCAACUUACUUUCUCGAACAUGGCAGAACGAGACUAUUUCCGACCUCAGGAGUAAAGCAAAGCGCCGCGGUCUUUCUGCCAAGGGAAGCAAGGCCGCCAUAGCAUCUAGAAUUGAAGAAUACGAGAAGUUACAGGCUCACUCUGGCACAAGGCAUGCCUCGACUGCUCAACAUUCGAGUGCAGAGGUGCCAGGCAAUCCUGGGCUACCACCUGUAUCCGCGGCAGAUAUUUUCAACAUACAAAUACCUGAUCUUUCUCAGCCUCCUCCGCCCGCUCCAAUUCAGAUUCCUUUUCUUCCGGACUUCUGGAAUUCUUCCCACUACGCAGCCCCAGUUGAAGAAACCGUGAAGGAAGAGAUUUUGCCUAAACUGCUCAUUGUUGCAGGCGCAGAGACACAUCCUAACGGUGGUCCUUCUCAUAAUCUUCUUGAUCUCAAUGUCGACGAUGUCGCCCCAAAAGUGGAUGCUUCGCCAAACGUUACAGAAAGUAAACGUUCAGAUGGCCUUCUCGACGAUAUUGCUGAGGACCUUGGGUUCCCCCCUGUGAAGGAUAUCAAAGCGGGCUUGUGGAAACUUUUUUGA